GGGCGGAGGACGCGAGGAGGCGGAGCGAGGGAGAACUCAGACUGAACGCUUUGGAAUCGCAGAGCGGCGUCAGACUCAGUCUAUAAAACACCUGCCUUCACUGUAAACUACUCAUGAACUACAGAUUAACAAUAGACGGAUUAUUUAAACCGCCUUCUAUAUUCUAGCACGGCGGAUUAUAACACACUGUUUCGGUGACACUCACUCAAAAUGAACGGUUUCUAAUGGACAUCUUACACCUGGAGUGCAGUUGACUUACUAACUGAAGAAAGUGAUUCGACUGCGGAAAAAACCUCGAGCGUUCAUUUAGUUGCUGUGGGACAGUGUAAUAAUGAUGGAUCAUGACACUCAGUGGCUGUACCAGCUCCUUGCUAGUGUGCAGCUAGAGAGAUUCUACAUAAGGAUGCGAGAUGGACUCAAUGUGACACGUAUUGAGCACCUGAACUAUGUUAAAGAAGCAGAUCUGGAACAGAUUGGCAUUAGUAGACCAGGACAGCGACGAUUAUGGGUAGCUGUCAGAAAUUACAAAACCAACAUGCCGUCACGGUCAUGGAUGGUUAAGGCCUUCAGUGGUCGCAGCUCAGAAGGAAGUGACCAGUUUAAUGGUGUUGGGUCAGGCCAGGGGCCAGAACCAGGGCGCGCACUCCCCUGUCUUGUCCAGGACAGCGAACUGAUCUUUGGGGACAGGCUAGGAUCAGGUUCCUUUGGGGUAGUUAGAAAAGCAGAAUGGCAAACACCGACUGGACGAGUGUUGCCUGUAGCAGUGAAAACCUUGAGGGGUGGCGGAUCCAGAUACGGAGAUGUGGUGACCGAAUUCCUCCAGGAAGCUUCGACCAUGCAGUCUCUGGACCACCCCAACAUUAUACAUCUGUAUGGUGUUGUCCUUACUCAUCCUCUUAAAAUGGUAACGGAGCUGGCUCCCCUUGGCUCUUUAUACGAUGCUCUGCGUCAACGACAGGGAGAAUAUCCUCUUUCACGGCUCUGGCUCUUCAGCACACAGAUUGCUGCAGGUAUGGAGUACCUAGAGUCCAGACGCUUCAUCCACAGAGACCUCGCUGCCCGGAAUGUGCUCUUGGCUUCUAAAGAGCUAGUGAAGAUUGGAGACUUUGGACUGAUGAGAGGCUUAGGUCCGGACAGGGACCACUAUAUCAUGACGGCACACAAACGCAUCCCCUUUGCAUGGUGUGCUCCUGAGAGUUUACGUGUGGGUACUUUCUCUCACGCUUCAGAUGUCUGGAUGUUUGGUGUCACACUGUGGGAAAUGUUCACUUACUGUGAGGAGCCCUGGCUGGGGCUGUCUGGCAGACAGAUCUUAUAUCGUGUCGAGCGGGAAGGUGAGAGGCUGGAUAGGCCUUCAGACUGUCCGCAGGAGUUAUAUUCUGUGAUGCGUAAAUGUUGGGCCUGCAGUCCUGCUGACCGACCGACCUUCUCUCAGCUCACUACCAUGGUAGCAGAGGCUCAGCCUAUGGAGGUUCGAGCAGUGAAAGACUUCACAGAGCUCAGAAAACUCUCUCUACAGGCGAAUGAUCUAGUGACUGUAAUAGAUCAUGGGCUGGAAAUGUGUGAGUGGAAGGGCCAAAACCAGAGAACUCUAAGUGUUGGCUGGUUUCCCCCUGCAUUGGCUGCCCCGGCUCUCACAGCAGCAGUUCCUGCGCCUGGUCAGGCUCUGAUCUCUUCCCCUGUUAGAGGCAGUCUGCAGCACACUGGCCAUGGAGACACGGACCAAGCACGCAGCCGGGGCAACCCAGAACGAUUAGACGACUCCAGACGUUGGAGGAUUCCAUUAGCAAGAGAGAAGGAAAUCUCCAAUCUGAAGAAAAUGGCAGGCAUCUCAAGGAGUCUGGAGUCUGUCCUUGGUGAUUCACAGGACAAAGGUCGAGGUCCUGGUGGGAAUGCAGCUCAGAGAGCCGACCCACGCAGACUCAUGCAGUGCAAUUUAAUGCAAGAUCCACGCAGGUUUAGUGAUGCUGUUGUCAUCCCACCUGCACGGCCCCCACCCCCCAACUUCAAAUGCAUCAGCCCACCAAACACUGGCUUCAAAUGCGUCAAAACCCAGGUGAUGAUCCAGGAUCGGAGACCAGUAAACUCAGCGGGCUGGGCCCCUCAAACUCAUUCACAGCUACAGAUCCAGUUCCAACCACAGCAGCAGUGUUUAGGGAGUAACAACCUUGCCCGGAUGGCACAUCUGGCCAAGUCAAGCCCUCAGUUAGAUGAUGGCCCUGAGAAAGAGAAGGAGAGAGAAACUAGGUUGUUUUGCUGUACCCAAAACAACCACAGUGUGUCAUAGUUACAUAUAUAUGUU